CCGGUGCUCUCUUUUGCUGGGUCGCUCGGGUCGCCUUCGGUCGCGAUCGCCCAGGCUCUCCCACCUUCGCCAACCGCCGCUCGGGCCUCUGCAGCUGCCGCGUCUCUUCCUCGAUCCGUUGACCGCACGUCCUCCCAAAUGCAGCGCCGGGACGAUCCCGCCGCGCGCAUGAGCCGGUCCUCGGGCCGCAGUGGCUCCAUGGACCCUUCAGGUGCCCAUCCCUCAGUGCGUCAGACACCGUCUCGGCAGCCCCCGCUGCCUCACCGGUCCCGGGGAGGCGGAGGAGGAUCCCGGGGGGGCGCCCGGGCCUCGCCCGCCACGCAGCCGCCACCGCUGCUGCCGCCCUCGGCCACCGGUCCCGAUGCGACAGUAGGUCCAGCGCCGACCCCGCUGCUGCCCCCCUCAGCCACUGCCUCCGUUAAAAUGGAGCCAGAGAACAAGUACCUGCCCGAGCUUAUGGCCGAGAAGGACUCGCUGGACCCGUCCUUCACUCACGCCAUGCAGUUGCUGACGGCAGAAAUUGAAAAGAUUCAGAAAGGGGAUUCAAAAAAGGACGAUGAGGAGAAUUACUUGGAUUUAUUUUCUCACAAGAACAUGAAACUGAAGGAGCGGGUAUUGAUACCUGUCAAGCAGUAUCCCAAGUUUAAUUUUGUGGGGAAGAUCCUUGGACCACAAGGGAAUACAAUCAAAAGACUUCAGGAAGAGACUGGUGCAAAGAUCUCUGUGUUGGGAAAGGGCUCAAUGAGAGACAAAGCCAAGGAGGAAGAGCUGCGCAAAGGUGGAGACCCCAAAUAUGCACACUUGAAUAUGGACCUGCAUGUCUUCAUUGAAGUCUUUGGACCCCCAUGUGAGGCUUAUGCUCUUAUGGCCCAUGCGAUGGAGGAAGUCAAGAAGUUUCUAGUACCAGAUAUGAUGGAUGACAUCUGUCAAGAGCAAUUUCUAGAACUGUCCUACUUGAAUGGAGUACCUGAGCCUACUCGUGGACGUGGGGUGCCAGUGAGAGGCCGGGGAGCUGCGCCUCCCCCUCCACCUGUUCCCAGGGGCCGAGGUGUUGGACCACCUCGGGGGGCAUUGGUGCGUGGUACACCCGUGAGAGGAACCAUCACCAGAGGCACCACUGUGGCUCGAGGAGUGCCACCCCCACCUACUGUGAGGGGUGCUCCAACACCGAGAGCACGGACAGCUGGCAUCCAGAGAAUACCUCUGCCUCCACCCCCUGCGCCAGAAACAUAUGAAGACUAUGGAUAUGAUGAUACAUAUGCAGAACAGAGUUAUGAAGGCUACGAAGGCUACUACAGCCAAAGCCAAGGGGACUCAGAAUAUUAUGACUAUGGACAUGGGGAGGUUCAAGAUUCUUAUGAAGCUUAUGGCCAAGAUGACUGGAAUGGGACCAGGCCAUCACUGAAGGCCCCUCCAGCUAGGCCAGUGAAGGGAGCAUACAGAGAGCACCCAUAUGGACGUUAUUAAAAACAAACAUGAGGGGAAAAUAUCAGUUAUGAGCAAAGUUGUUACUGAUUUCUUGUAUCUCCCAGGAUUCCUGUUGCUUUACCCACAACAGACAAGUAAUUGUCUAAGUGUUUUUCUUCGUGGUCCCUUUCUUUUCCCCCCUUAACUCCGUUCUUACUCUGCAUUCUGGCUUCUGUAUGUAGUAUUUUAAAAUGAGUUAAAAUAGAUUUAGGAAUAUCGAAUUAAUUUUUUAAGUGUGUAGAUGCUUUUUUUCUUUGUUGUUUAAAUAUAAACAAAUGUACCUUUUAUAAUUAAAAAAAAAAAAGUUGAGUAAAAAAAAAAAACCACAAACCUGUUAGUUUCAAAAGUGGCAUUGCUUGCUUAAAGGUUCUGAAGUUAAGGCUUGUUAACUUUCUCUUAGUUUUGAUUUGAGGCAUCCCGUAAAGUUGUAGUUGCAGAAUCCCAAACUAGGCUACAUUUCAAAAUUCAGGGCUGUUUAAGAUUAAAAUCACAAACGUUAACGGCAGUAGAGGUGCCACCAUGUAAAAGUGAGCUCAGAUGUCUCUAAAAAUGUUUCCUUUAAAAGCACAUGGCGGUCGAAUGCUUAAGGUUAAAUUUUAAUAUGAAAGAUCCUCAUGAAUUAAAUAGUUGAUUCAAUUUUUAACAUUAAUUGAUUUAAAAACAACAACAAAAUUAGGUUUGUAAAACUGACUUUUUCAUUAUGUGGGUUUUGAAAUCUAGCCCCAGACAUACAGUGUUGAGAGAUACUUAAGGGGGGGGAAUAGGUUUUGAAGAGGUUAAUUGGGGGAGAGGGGCUGGCCACCUGAAUUGAAUUUUGAUGUAGAGCUUUUUAACCAAGAACAGUCUUUCAGUAAUAGUACUAAUAAUUAAAAUUUCAGUAUUUAAAAAGACAAAACAAAGUAUUGUGUCCAUUUGAGAGUCUACACUCCAUAAAAAACUCACUUGGACACUGGCCAAAAAGCCGAUUUUCCUAAGUUGAUGGUUUUCGAUAUUGAACUGUUCCCAAGGUAGUUAGUCAAGUAUGUCUCAACACUAGCAUGAUAUAAAAAGGGACACUGCAGCUGAAUGAAAAAGGAAUCAAAAUCCACUUUGUACAUAAGUUAAAGUCCUAAUUGGAUUUGUACUGUCCUCCCAUUUUGUUCUUGGAAGAUUAAAUGCUACAUGUGUAAGUCUGCCUAAAUAGGUAGCUUAAACUUAUGUCAAAAUGUCUGCAGCAGUUUGUCAAUAAAGUUUAGUCCUUUUUUAAUCAAAGUAAAUGUGAUGAAUUGUCAUUUUUUUUUUGGGUGGACAAUAAAAUAAUUUUCUCUUUCAAAUAAACUUAAAUUAACUCUAAAGUUAAUGGGCUUGUUAAAAGUUGGAGACAUCUUAAAAGUGGUGGGGGGGUUUUAUUUUAAGUUUACCAAAAAAGAGUUUAUGGAGUUGUUAAGUUUUAGUUUAAAAAUAACCAAAGCUUUUUCACCCCCUGGAAGUUGUUGAGAACGCUUUACCCAAUCGCAUCACAAGCCUUGAUUUCUGGAGAGAGAAACCCAACCGAGCUGAAACUUGGAUUGGUUUCCAUACACAGAUCUCAGUAUUUAAGACGCCUGCCAUCCCAUCUCGCACCUUCCAUAGAGCCCCUAGGUGGCCCAAACGAGUGAUGCCAAAUAAUCUCUUUAGAGCUUGGAAAAGGAUGACACCUGCCUUUAGAUAUGGCAAUCCACAAACCCUGGGUGCCCUUAAGGGUUUCCCUUCCAAUCCCAGAAACGCUGCUGGGGCAGGAUUUGGCAUGAUAGGCUGGUUCUGAACUCCCUCCUAAGAGUUCAAGGGAGGGAAUGAUGGAAUUGGUUGGCUCCAUUUCCACUUGAUGUUAAUUCUCAGGGUUUUCGUGCCUUCCCAAAGGGAGCCACCUAAACUGCUCGGGGGUGAAAAAUCCUCUGUAUGAGAUGCCAAGCUGCCUGCAGCAGUGCAUGAUGGACAUUUUUUUUUUUCUUUCAAAACACACCAACAAAAAAUUGUAUUUGUAGAUUGUGAUAAAGUGUAAAUAACUGAAUUUUCAACCAUGGUUUGAAGUCAGCUUUCAGGGCAUUAUGUCUUGUUUUGAUGAAAAGAGAUCACUCUAUACCCCCCUUUUUAAAGGAAAAUUAUCGCAAGAGAAUCAGGAUGUGUAAAGCUAACAUGCAUCGCAAAAAACCAAAGGUGAUUGAAAGCUCCUGAGGCAUUUCCUGAAACAAUGGGUAAUGAAGACCCUUAUCAGGAAUCAAAGACUCUGGAAACCAAGACAGCUACCUGCUAUGUCAAGGCUGGCCUGAGGGCAUUUGCUGGGCACAGAGAAACCCAGGAGAAGACAUCGACAGUCUUGUUCCCACCCCACCCCUUGAUCUGAUUUACCAACUGAAAGCUAGCCAGGAUUACCCUAGGAGUCUCUAGGCCCAGAAUGGAGUACUAAGGGCUAUAAGAGACUGUGAUGAUAACAGUUAAACCUGCUCAGGACUUUAAAGAGUUAAAGGGGACCAACAGUAUCCCCAGCACUGCCUCCUAGACCUGAGUAAACUGGCAGCUCCUAGUGUGCUAUUCUGUCUGCCUGCUUCCCCUCAGCCUUCAGCAGAACUGGCUGGAACAUACUACCACCACUUCCUGUUUUCCUCCUUGCUGUACCUGUGUUGUGGGUCCCACCCUGGGAGCCCUUGGACACUUCCCAGAAGGCUCCCAGGGAGAGGCUCCCCCAACACUUGCCACAACAUAGGUUGAGGAAAGCCAAGUGAAAAGGUUGAUUUACUUUGGGCAGAUUAUUUAACCUCUGAGGCCGUAUUUCUCUUCAUUGUUAACUACUAGCCUUGUCCAGAAAGCUCUUGAAGGGUAGGGCUUUGCCUACUUCAUCUCUGUACCAUACCCCAGUUCCUCCCCAACAAGUAUCUGGCACUGAGGAGCUCAAUAAAGGUUUGGUCAAGGGAUGAAUGGUCCCACUUUGGUAGCUUCUAUCAGCUUUGGGAGACAGCCAAAGGCCCCCUGAUCUAUCUGCCACUUCAUUCCCAGCUAUAUUUGGGCUAUCAGUCCUGACAUUUCCUCUGGAAGGAUUGGAAGGUCAGUCUUUGAUAGGCUUCUGAUUUCCUAUGGCCUGUGCCCUGUUAGGGGCUCUGGUUGCACAGUGGUUAAGCGCACAGCUGCUAAUCAAAAGAUUGGUGGUUUGAACCCACUAGCUGCUCCACGGGAGAAAGAUCUGGCAGCCUUAGAAACCAUAUGGGACAGUUCUACUCAGUCCUACAGGGUCACUAUGAGUUGGAAUCGAUUUGAUGGCAACAGAUUUGGUUUGGCAUUAUGUAUACCCCAGGUUGACUUUACACUGAACUACCUGAUAGGUUAAAAAAAAAAAAAAAAAACCAUUGCCGUUGAG